AUGUCCUGGUCUACCCUCAUCUGGGCUUGCCUUAUAGGCACUGCACCCACCUUUAUCUCUGCGACACUUGCAGUGGCAGCCCUUCCUUCGUACGUUCUCCAGUUCGCCCCGCUGUCCCACCUCUACUCGAAUGAGACGUAUUUCCCUACCGAUGUCGCCGACCACCUCACACAUGUGCAACCUGAGAUCAACAUGUCCGCCAUCGCCGACAGCGUGACGUUCUCUACGAUCAGUUCGCUGGCUAGUGACGUCUACUUAACUUCAAAGGACGACAUCGAAAACCUGCCGUCCUGGCCGAACGGCGUCAAACCGGACACCACGGGCCUGACCAGCGCGCCUGCUACGAUUAUUGCGGUGCAAAAGCCUGGCGGGAUCGUCGACGCAUUCUAUUUCUACUUUUAUUCUUACAACUACUGUAGCGGAGCGAACGUACGCUACCUCGCACAGUACCUUGACAUUCAGUUUGGCGACCAUGUCGGAGACUGGGAGCAUUCGAUGGUACGCUUCGUAAACGGCGUUCCCCAGGACAUCUACCUCUCCGCACACGACGGUGGCUUUGCAUACACCUACGGCGCGCUCCCAUCGCAAGGCGGCCGUGCGGUCACGUACGUCGCUAACGGCACCCACGCUAACUACGCGACGCCCGGCAAACAUCAACACGACCUACCUCUGCUCGACGAUUACACUGACGCAGGCCCGCUCUGGGACGUCACGCUGAAUUUCAGAGGAUACUGGUUUGACAACUCGACGCAGACGUUCACCGUCGCGAAUGGUGCGAACGUGGGCGGGGAGGAGGAGGCGAGCGAGGGCGUCGGCUGGCUGGAGUUCGCGGGGCAUUGGGGCGAUCAGCAGUACGACCUACUUUUCGAGGGCCAGUAUUGCGUCACCGCAACCGAGUGCAAGUAUGUCGACGGACCGACAGGGCCGAUUGCCAAGAACCUCGGCCGUACUGCUGUCUGUCAGAACGAGUCUUCCUGCACUGUCCAGACCUCUGUGUAGUUCCGCGUGCGUGUAUCAAUAACGGUCUCCUUGCUAUGCCAUGGGAGCUGAGCGUCA